GUACAGCUGGAAGUGGAGUAAGGGGGUGGUUGGACGCUUCUCACGAAACGAAUAAUUGGUUGAAGUAUAUUCGAAGCACUAGCAGUCCGCACGCCGUUAAUAUGCGACACGUGCUUAUUGGUGGACAGAUGGUGUACGAGGCGGUGAGGGACAUAGCGGCCGGUGAAGAGCUGUUUCUCGGUGUUCGAGAACCUCUUCAAUUGCAGGAUAUGUUUGGCGAGAAUACUACAGAGGACAGAAGCGAUCGAGAGACCGCCUCGCAACAUAGUGGCACCGUAGACGAGGAUAAAGAGGACGACGAGGAAGGUGAGACCAGGUGUCCGGUCUGCGACAAACCGUUUCAAGACAUUGAACUGUUGGAUAGCCACGUGGUUACCUGUCACAGAUACCCAGCGGAACAGCAUCGUUGCGACAGCUGUCCUCGUGCGUACGCCUGGCGGCCACUGCUGGUUCGUCAUCGUGCGAUCGUUCACGGUGAUCUCCGGAACUACCCCUGCGAGAACUGUCCAAAGGUCUUCACGGACCCGUCGAACCUGCAGCGACACAUCAGGACCCAUCACGUGGGCGCGAGGAGUCACGCGUGCACUGAGUGCGGAAAGACGUUCGCCACCAGUUCCGGCCUUAAGCAGCACACCCAUAUCCACAGCAGCGUGAAGCCGUUCCAGUGCGAGGUGUGCUUCAAAGCGUACACUCAGUUCUCAAACUUAUGCCGACACAAACGCAUGCACGCGGAUUGCCGUAUGCAGAUCAAGUGCGUUAAAUGCGGACAGUCGUUCAGCACGGUCACUUCGUUAUCAAAGCAUAAGCGAUUCUGCGAUUCAACGCCGCCAACCGGUCCACCUGGCGCGAUGCCACAAUUACCGACUCCGGCGCCUAGCCCAUUUCUCGUCUAUCCUAGACCUCCCGUUAGUCUCCCGGGAGGCUUGCCUUUCUAUCCGCCUAGUCUAAUGGGACCGUAUCCAGGGAUUUUUCCAAAUGCGUCCAAUUUCUUGAACACUCCUUUGCUGUUUCCUCCAAAAAUCGAGGAAGCUGAGAAGAGAUGCGACAGUCCAAAGAAAGAACGCUUCACUCCGCCGAGGGUUCUGCCGCAACAUAGCAAGAUAUCACCCUCAACGGCCGAGGAAGCUACGUCCUCCUUCAGACCAUCCCCGGCUAGACCACCCGUUCAACCAACCCCGGAGAGCGACGACGAUCCUUCCAAGAAACGAGAGAAAGAUAGGAGCAACGAGAAGAAGGCGGACCCUGAAAACGUAUCGAAAACUACGAACGAAGAGACAACGGAUCAGCCUUUGGACCUGAGAGUGCAAACAAAGAAACAACGGACGAACGUGAACGUUGCCAACAGAAGGAGCCCAUCGCCUACGCCAGCACCGAUGGAGGAAGUUCCUGCUCCUCUGGAUCCUCCGAAACCAGAGGAAGAGACGUCCAUGCUGAUGGAAGUCGAUUCCAAGGACGUGGCCAGAAGUCCUCAAUUAAAAAUUAGUUUACCCGCAGAACAACCGCCUACUAGCACACCGCACAUGGCGUAUCCCAGACCGAUUCAUCCAAUGUUUCUGGAGGCCAUGUACCGCGGACCAACGAGUUCCUUUCCAGGAUUUCCAGGCGGACCACCGCCUCCUGGAAGCGGAACAGAACCGAGACUCUUGCCACCGCUACCACCGUUCGGGACACCGCGUGGACUUCCUUUUUUAGGAACACUCAUGAACGGGCUCAGCGGCGCUAGGCCAGGAAGCGGAGGAUUCGACCUGCUUGCCAGGCCGCCACUGGGACCGUUCCCCGGCGUGAAACCCUUCCAGGACACCGUGAUUCCACCUCACCAUCAUCACCAUCAUCAUCACGCUCACGGCAAAAUGAAAGACCGAUAUUCCUGCAAGUUUUGCGGCAAGGUAUUCCCCAGAUCCGCCAAUUUGACAAGACAUUUACGCACACACACCGGCGAACAACCUUACAAAUGCAAGUACUGCGAACGGUCCUUCAGCAUCUCUAGUAACCUUCAGCGGCACGUAAGAAAUAUCCACGACAAGCAGAGACCGUUCAAGUGUCCACUCUGCGAGAGAUGUUUUGGCCAACAGACGAAUUUAGACAGACAUUUAAAGAAACACGAAGCCGACGACGGCAGUGGCGUUGUUUCCGUGGCGGAUUCACCGGGGAGCAGCAAUGAAAAUGAACGGGAGGACACGUAUUUUGACGAAAUUAGGUCGUUCAUGGGGAAGGUGACAUACGGCGGUGAGGCUGGCUACGGAUUACCCCCUCACCCGGCCUAUUUGCCCGGUAGACUUCACGAGAUUCACGAGUCUAAGAUGGAAACGGAGUAUGACGAAGACGAGGAUAGCGAGGAAGGAGUCUCUCCUUUGGAUGAAGCGGAUGGCUUAUCGCCUGCAGAAGCCAAAGAAUCGACUCCACCGCCGCAGUAUGAUCUGAAGCUGAGGGAGAAGCAGGAAUUGCUUAACAAUAACACGGCCGAGCCAGUUAUCGAGAUUUCGACAUAGCCCAUAGGACGAACGGCUUGAAAAAGAUGGAAAUCGUUCGCGGAAAUGCUGUUUUAGUGAAGCCCAUAGAACUGCUACGGACGUUAUAACCGUAGGAAAAUUCGAAUCGAUCGUGUUUCUAAGUAACUGGCAAUGAAAAGAGUGUUGAUUUGAGAAUUUCAUAGAAUUGAACUUUAAGAACAAAAACAUGUUACAAGACUAAAGAAAAGUGCGUUUAUGGUAAUCCGCAAACAUUCUCCUAUCCGGUGAGCUUUUGUUUUCCAAGUUUCUAUGUUUUUGCACCGCAAGAGUGAGAACAGAAGAGAUCGAACGAAAUUCACUAUCUUUCAUCAUACAUACAAACACAUACACACGUCUACAUCGUCACAUACACAUGUUCAUAUUCGUUACGGACAAGUUGUUCAAUAGCGUAGUUCCUACAUGCUUUUCAUUGCGCACGAUAACUGAUAACUGUUCGAAUAACCAUUUUUCCCUCGACGACUUGAAAAUCAGUUCUGAUUCAAGUAUCUAAAACUCGAUAUACCCUCCUUUAGUGUUAUUUAGUAGGGGUUUGCGGGUACCCGACAUCGAAGUCGGAUAGUGCUUAGAUCGACUCGGGAACUUUAAAAUUUAUAAUAUUCGGAUAUUAUAUACUCGAAUAUUACGUCGCGAGUCGGGUGAUUUUUCAAUCGGAUUUUAUACUUAUUCUUUCUUCAAUCUUUAUUAGACUCAAUGGAAUUUACAAUAUUGCUGCUAUUAUCAACGAUAAAAAAAAAAAAAACAGGCAUAGUAAGAGUAUUCAGUCCGCAUUUACUCAACGACAUAAUUAAUGCAGCUUAUAUACGAUUCUAUUAAAUGAAUACUUGAAUAAUGAUUUUCGAUUGAUUGUAAAAUGUAAAUUAUAUAACUUUUUCGGGAAAGUAUGUUUUAAAAAUAAGUUAGCGUUUCUUUUAUUUAUGCGGAAUAAGAAAAACUAUCGGUUUUGUUAAGUUACACAGCUACAAGGUAUCACGAAAAUUCUACAUCGUUAGUAAACAUGAGCAGUCUUGGUUUUUGACGAAGAGUUCGGAAAUAAAUAAAAAAUAAAACUCACAGGGAACUCGCGUAUACAAUGUAUACUAAAUUAACAAAAAGAUGCAUGGAUAACUGCGAAGAUAAUGUCAAGUGCUCUUGGCGACUCUCGGCUUUCGACCGACUAAAAAGGAAACCCAAAUAAAAGAAGGCUUAUUGUCAGAUGCUGGCAACGUUGUAACAGUCACGUGAACAAAAUUAAUACCCCAAAAAGUUGAACAAUUAUGUUUUCUUCACGGUAAUUUAAAAUAAUAUAGUUUUCAUGUAAUAUUUUCAUAUAAUAUUAUCAA